AAGGAACACAAGUAUGAUUAAAUCAGAGCAUGAUCACAGCUACCACGAGUCAGUGAAUGGUCGGAAAACCGCUUGCGGUGGCUAAGAUACCUGUAGCUCAAAAACUGGACUGCAGAGAACAUCAAGUUGCUCUAGUCUGGUAAUGCCCUCAGAAUGAAGAGUCCGGUGCAAACCAUUUUGGUGUUCUACGCUGUUGUGGUGUCAUACAUGGCGGGUGCUUUGCGCUCACCUCUUGAUCAACCCAACAUCAUUAUUUUCUUGGCAGAUGACUUUGGGUAUGGAGACCUAUCUUCCUAUGGCCAUCCCACUCAGGAGUUUGGUCCCAUCGAUCAGAUGGGAAGGGAAGGUAUACGGUUCACCCAGUGGUAUGCCCCGGCGUUGUUCUGCUCUCCUAGUCGUGGUGCAAUGCUGACUGGCAGGUACCCAGUUCGCGUGGGUCUCUAUGGCGACCAUCAACAACCCUAUCCUGUCUUCGUGAGCCAGUCCUCAACUGGCCUGCCUAAAGAAGAGAUAACCAUUGCAGAAGCAUUGAAGAGCUGCGGCUAUGCAACUGGAAUGGUCGGAAAGUGGCAUCUUGGUAUCAAUGAGUUUAAUUCCACUGAUGGAAAUCAUUUACCAAUGCACCAUGGUUUUGACUUUGUCGGCACGAUUCUGCCAUUUUCAAAUGUCUGGCGAUGUGAUCUAACUAAGAGAUUGCUUCCAUCUGUGGACCGUUCCAGCUGCUUUUUAUACUACAACGACACCAUGCUUCAGCAGCCAUUUAGCCAUCACAACCUCACCUCGGCAAUGCUACUGGACACUAAGGCCUUCAUCUAUGACCACCAGCAUGAGCCUUUUUUCUUCUACUUUUCCUUCCCGCACACCCAUUCCAAUAUGUUCAGUUCGACGGCUUUUAGGAACUCUUCAAGGCGAGGCUUUUAUGGAGACAACAUAAAUGAGAUGAGCUGGGCGGUAGGUGAGAUGUUGCAGCUCCUGCGAGAUCUGAAUCUUGAGAGGAACACACUAGCCAUAUUCCUGUCUGAUCACGGGCCAGAGCGUGAGAUGUGCAAGGAGGCGGGUGUAUCCGGUCCCCUCAAAGGUAAGAAGCCAAUACCCAGAAAACAGCCAAACUUUGUAACAAGAAAGAGAAAACAGACAGUAUAAUGUUACCCCAACCAAACCAAAUGCACUUGUCGAGACUAAGCAUUAGUUGUGUAGUAGUUACUGUUGAGUGACCAAAGAUGAUGUGGGACACUCAGGAACAACUCAUUCCAAACUUUCAAAACAGUAGAAAUCUUCUUAGACUACUCCUGUGUACUAUGAGUGGAGGUAUUUUUCAUUGAUUAAUGAACUUUUUGCAUUGAGAUUUAUGGACUGUGUGUUACCACAGAUUGAGAUAGUGUCCUACCCUUUUGUGGUGUUAUUACUGCAGUCCCCAACGUUUCCCCUUUGUGAUCAAGCUCAUCAAGAGCUAUCUCUCAGGUGAGACUCGGACAAUUCCUUUACCUUGCGAUGGUGAAUUUGCCGCUCAGUGUGUGCUUACGGUAGGCAUGGGUGUAUGAAUUGAGGGUAGUGGUGAUUGUGAACUGCUCAGAAGGGAGAAAUCCACUAUUGAAAGAGCUCACAUAGUGCCUUAAAAAAUGACAGAGCGACAAACUGCUAACUUUAGG